AUGUAUAUCCCAAGUGGUUGUGGAUCCUGUGUGCCGAGAAAGUUGUGUCCCACAAAGAGACACAAUUAUGCACUACACCUGGGCCUCAAUGGCCUCAUACCGAUAGAAGAUGAGGAAAAUGACAAAUGUGAAAAUUUCCUACCGUUAUGCUGCAUAGGGUCCAGCCGUGUGACCGACAAGUGUGGAAUUUCCAAUCCUCAAGGAUUGGUGUACAAAGUGGAACCAAAUUUUGCAUACGCGAAGUAUGGUGAGUUUCCUUGGACUGUUGCCAUUUUCAAAUGUUCUUCCUCGAACAAUAAUGAACACGUUGGCGGAGGAGCUCUUAUACAUCCAAAGUUGAUCCUGACGGGAGCUCAUACGGUGGAUGAUGAGCAUCAAUAUGUGGCUCGUUUCGGUGAGUGGAGCAUUCAGUCAGACGCGGAGAUCUACCCAUCCAAGGAUAUUGCAAUAGAUGACGUCUUCAUUUAUGGAGGAACAUUUUCUCCCGAGAACGACAUUGCUAUUGCAGUGCUGAAAGAAAAGGUCACCUACUCGGAUCACAUUCGACCGAUCUGCCUUCCAAGUGCACAAGACGUAUUCGUUGGUAAGCAGUGCAUCGCCACCGGAUGGGGAACGGAUGUACGAACUGGAGAUCCAGCACUCUAUAUGAAGCGCAUGGAGCAGACAAUCACUUCUCGUUUGAUUUGUAAUAUGUGCUAUCAGGGGCUGGAGGAGCUUCCUAAUUACAUGUGUGCGACUGCGGCUCGGAAACACAACAUUUGUUACAAAGACGGAGGGUCACCUUUAGCUUGCCAAAGAAACGAUGGGUCUUACGUUUUGGCAGGAAUAGCUUCCGGGGGAAUAGACUGUAGUCGAACUCAUGUACCGGCAGUUUAUGCGGAUGUGGCGAAGUAUAUUACAUGGAUUCGUCAAACAAUCGAGCUAUACGAUAUAAUUUUGCCGAUUCUUUCAGCUAUUAAAAGCAACUAA